UUCGGGCGCCAUUUUGGUGACGUCACAUUGACGUCAUCGCAUUAAUUGCUUGGAGACAAAAAAGCUACCAAAAUGGCGGAAGGGAAAAGUUGGUGCUGAAGUUCGCGACUAAAACGUCAAACAGGCUCCUGCUGGUCAGGUGUGGUUAUCAGACUUGGUAGCGAUGGCCACCGUACAGAAACCUCGUCCAGCUAAGAAACGCACACAGGUGGAGCCAGCAGCAGAGGACAGCCCUCCUCCUGCUGAACAAGGUGCCUGGGAAGAUGAGAAGGAGAAGACAGACACAGUCUCCCAGGGAAGUCUGAUAUCUGUCAAGGCUGCUGAAAAUGGCAACAUGGCCGACACAGUCGGUGGGGGAGAUGGCAAGGAGGAAGGAAGACCCACAAGUCCUGCAGGAAAGUCCCAGUCCUCCAGACCUGGCACUCCCUCUAAUGACUUGGACGGAGAGAAGAGAGGAGGGAAGAAAAGGAAGAAGACCAAUGCUGUAGAGCCCACCGACAGGCCUGUGUCAGCAACGCCCUCUAGUGGGGAUGCCGCAAAAGACAAGGACCAUAAAGAAGCGUGGGAUGAGAGCAGCAUGACGUCAAGUAUGGCCGACAUGGCUGAAACCAAAGCCAGGACAAAAAAACCAGCCUCAGAGGUAGACCCAGACCUUCCCGGUACCACACCAGCCCAGAACGGAGAGACAGACAUCCCCGGUAGCGUGUCGGACCUUAAGACGACCACAGAAGGACGGGGGACGCCCACUCCCAAGAUGACAGAGAUAGAUAUGUCUGAUGACGAAGAUACGGGACAGAAGAACAAGCGUAAGGCUGGGAAAGAGAGGCAGGGCAGCGCUGCAUCCACUAAGUCUGCUACACAGGAGACUGGUCAGCUGAAGAGGCCAUCCACUGCACCGAUGUCCAGGCCUUCCACCUCAGACUCAGCCCAGAUGAAACGUCCCAAGACAGCAGGGUCAACCCGGCCAUCAACAGCUGGCACCAGACGCAGUCCCGGAGAGGGCACCCACGGUGGCAGUGUUCCCAGCAUGCAGUCUGUCAUCAGUGUGGAGGAGGCAGGGGCGGACGGUCGCGUGGACAGGACGGGCGGCAAACGGCCGCAGUCAGCUGUCUCUACUGACACCAGAGCAUCCACACCACUGCUGUCCCCUCCCGAGGUGAAAGGUGAACAGCAGGCAUAUGUUCCUUAUGUAUAUGCAAAGGAGAGCAUCGCGAAGGUGAUGGAUGACAUGAAAAGGAUGAAGGGCAACCACAUCAAGAUUGUCGGACAAAUUGAAGAAAACUACAGGACGAUCGAGAAUGAGACACAGAGCCAGUUCAACAUCUUUGUUCUGGGGCUGAGGUCACAGUAUGGAGACAAGGUGAAAACCUUCCGACAGGUCAUCGAGGCUCACAGGGCAGAGCUGCAGAGGAAAGAGCAGUACUGGGACGAGAGUCUAACUAGCCUGAGCCAGAGAAACAAACAACUUCUGAAGGAGAAGAGAACCCUGCUUAUCCAGAAUAAAGUGGAGUUUGAAAGGCUGGAGACGGAAAAGAAAGCUGCAGUUGCUGAGCUGACAAAAUCUGUCGAUCACGAGCACAAAGAAUUUCUACAAGAGAAGAAACUUCAUGAAGAAGACAAGGCGUCGUAUCUGGAGGAGCUAGAUUUCCUUCGCAAGAGUGUCAAGUCCAUGGAGGAGAAACAUCGCGAGCAGGUCACAACAAUGGAGGAGGAGACCAAGGUCCUGAAGGACCAGUAUGAGAGUGAGAAGACUGAAGUUGCCAGGCUGAAGGAGCUGCUGGCAAAGAGUGGAGACAAGGGUGACAUUGCCAUAGCAACUGCUGCCGCGGCAACCGUCAUCAGCACCGGUGUGUCCAUAGAGGAGAGGGACAGACUGCAGAAACAGCUGGUGGAUGUGCAUAAGGAACUUGCUGAAAUGCGGGCAAAGUACGAAGCCACGUAUGCUCAGCUGCAGACCAUGGUGGAGGCCUCUGGAAAGGACUCCAUUGAAGAGAAGAUCGAGGCAGUGAAGAAAGAGAAGGCGGUGAUCACGGAGGAGGAACAGAGGCUGAGAGACGAGAUUGAACAGUGGAGGAAGGAGUUUGUGGACAGGGAGGGGAGAGACCCAACAGAGGAGGACAGGCCCAGUAUGGUCCAGGAGAACUAUGUACAGCUGGAGGAAGUAGGGCUACUGAACAAACAGCUGGAGGAGAAACUGGAGACCCUGCUACUGCUGAGGGACGGCAAGAUGCCACAGGUCAAAGUGGAGAAGGUCCCUGAACCCAUCACGGUGACAGUUCCGGAUCCCGCAGUAGUUGCUGAGUUGGACGCCACCCGGCAGAAACUGGCAGAACUGCAGCAGCUGCUCCAACAGAAGGAGAAGGAGAAGAAAGAUUUGGAGAAGGAGAAGAAAGCACUGGAGAAGGAGAACAAGAAACUGAGCAAGAACAAAAGCUCCGGGAGUCCUACGGCUAGUACAGGACAGCUGUCACAGCUACAGCUGUUACUACAAGCUGUCGUUGAACAGGUGCACAGUAUCCACGGUGAUGUGAAGAAAGCAGCAGAAAAGGUGCAGAAGAGAUGUAAUGAUGAGGAGGAUCAGCAGGAGGCGCUGUCAGACACAAGGGACAAGGCACAGCAGGCUGUAGAUGACUGGGCCAAGAAGUUUGAGGAGGAAAAUGGGAGAGAGCCAACUGAAGAGGACAGAGAUGAGGAGGCGGAGAAUCUGUAUGUCUCCCUGGAGGAGAGUCAGAAGAGGGUCCAGGAGAACCAGACCGCCAUCCUGGCUCUGACGGCCAUCAGGACAGGACAGGUGCCGCAGGAGUUUGCCAUCACAGGACCUACACCAGCUGUAACAGCUGCGACAGGUGUGUCUUCAGAAGAACUGUCCGAACUGGAGGACAGGAUCCGUGAGUUGGAGGAGGAGAGGGAUGAGCUGAAGGACACCAACUCUGACCUGACGGACAGCCUGGAGCAGCUCAAGCUGCAGCUGGCCAGCGCUGCCCAGGGGGACAGCUCUGCUGCUGUAGCUGCUGUAGCUGCUUUCUCAGCUGUCACAGAGGAUGAGUCAGGAGAGCUCUCUAAAGAAUAUGAUGAAGCAACAGGGCAAAAAGAAGAGAUGAGUGCCCACAUGGCCAGUCUGCAGCAGGAGGUGGACAGUCUGGAGGCACAGCUCCGACAGGAGAAAUCUGACCACAAGGACACCCAGGAAGAACUGGACAAUCUCAAACAGGAACUGGAGAAGCUGAAGGACCAGUGGGGUCAGGAGAAGACUGAGUGGGAGGGGAAGUUGGAGACAGGGAAACAGACGGCUCAGGACGAGCUGGCAGCCACAGACGAGGCCCUGCAGAAGGCCAAGGCUCGCAUCGAGGAGCUGGAGAAGGCUCGUCUCAAGAACCUACCUGUGGACGCACAGGAGGAGGUCAAGGAACUGCAGAUCAAACUGGCUGCGGCGGAGGCAGCAAAGGCAGCUGCAGUGAAAGCCAAGAUCAGCGCUGAAGGAGGGACGGCCGACUACAAACUCCAGGUGGAUACACUCAACAAGGCUGUACAACAGGAAAAGAAGACCAACAAGGAGUUACAGGAUGCCCUUCUUAAGCACCGUAAGGAGAAGGAGAAGGAGGUGAAGGAAGUUGUGAAGGCGGCGGAGAAGAAGGAGAAGCAGCGUGCGGAGGAGGAGAAGAAGAAGAUCUCUGCGCUGGAGAAGAAAAUCGCGCAGCUGUCAGCUGCAGCAGCUGCAGCAGCUGCGCGACCAGCUGCAGCAGAGAGACCAACAACUGCCAAGGGCACGGAUGCCAAGACAGAGGCCAAACUCAAGCAGGUUCAGGAGCAGUACCAGGCACAGAAGAAAGAGGCGCAGGAGGCUAAGGAGCGAGUCAGGGCCCUGGAGCGAGAACUGAAGGAACUGAAGUCUGCCGCCGCCUCGGCCGCUGCAGGAGAGAAAUCUGGUGCCAAAAAGACAGAGAAGCAGCUGAAGGACUUGGAGAAGAAAUUGGAGUCAGAGAAGAAGAAGGUUGAAAGGGAAACCAAGAAAGCAGAUGGCCUGGAACAGGAACUCAAGGAGGUCACCAAGGAGCGAGAUGGUCUACAGGCUGACCUUAAGAAGAAGGAGGCAGAGCUGGAUAACCUGGGCGUGGCAGCCAAGCAGGGUCUGGAGGCCAUGGAGAAGGCGGAGGGGCUGGAGAAGGAGGUGAAGAAACUCACGGCGGAGAACAAGACGCUGACUGAGAACUACAACAGUGAGAGGGUUCUGAGGAAGAAGUAUUACAACAUGGUGGAGGACAUGAAGGGGAAGAUCCGUGUGUACUGCAGGUCACGACCUCUCAGCGGCUCCGAACUGGAGAGGGGUAAUGUGAAGAUCAUCAGGUCCCCUGAUGAGUACACCAUCCAGGUGGACAGCAACAGGGGCACCAAGGAGUUCCAGUUUGACUCCAUCUUCGGUGAGGAGCACAGCCAGGAGAAGAUAUUUGAGGACACCAAUAACCUGAUCCAGUCAGCUGUGGAUGGGUACAACGUCUGCAUCUUUGCCUACGGCCAGACUGGGUCUGGUAAAACCUUCACCAUGAUCGGUGACAAGGACCAGCGGUUCCCGGGGAUAGCGCCUAGGGCCUUCGACAGGAUCUUUGAGCUUAUCGAAGAAAACAAGUCCAAGUUCAGUUGUGAGGUGUUUGUAUACAUGUUGGAGCUGUAUGUUGACAAACUGAUCGACCUCUUCAACCAUCAUGGAGAGGGAAAGUUAGAUAUCAAGAAGGACAAGAAGGGGAUGGUUGUCAUUCAAGGUUCUGUCAUUAAGAAGGCCACGACCUCAAAGGAGCUGUUUGCUUUGUUUGACGAAGGCUCAAAGAACAGGCACACGUCUUCUACAAAAAUGAAUGCCGACAGUUCCCGUUCCCAUCUCAUCAUCGGCAUCAUCAUAGAAAGUACCAACAUAACAACUGGAACUAUGACAAAAGGAAAGCUGAGCUUGGUGGAUUUGGCUGGUAGUGAAAGAGUGGCAAAGACGGGUGCGACGGCAGAGCAGCUGAAGGAGGCCAACUCCAUCAACAAGUCGCUGAGUGCUCUGGGAGAUGUGAUCUCUGCCCUGUCCAGCGAGCAGUCCUUCAUCCCGUACAGGAACAACAAGCUCACCAUGCUCAUGCAGGACUCGCUCGGAGGCAACGCCAAGACUCUCAUGUUUGUCAACAUCUCACCAGCCGAUUACAACGCAGAGGAGACCGUCAUCUCCCUCACAUAUGCCUCUCGUGUGAAACUGAUCACAAACGAUGCUCAAAAGAAUGCAGAUAACAAGGAGAUCACCAGACUUAAGGGGAUAAUAGCCAAACUGAAGGCAGGAGAGAACGUGGAUGAGGAAGACUGAUCAUGA